AUGGCUCGUCAAUCUAAUUUGGUUAUCAUUGGUGUCUCUGUUGGUUUGGCCCUUGGAAUUCUGAUUUCUUGCCUCAUAUUUUUCGGCAUAAGGUGGUGCAAGAAGCGUUCUCAUAUUACACAAUCUGCAAAUGAGCCUAGUUUAACAACUCUCCCGAUACGAACAAAUGGAGUUGAAGCAAGUACCGAUUUUAGUGCAUCGAUCACUAGUUCCAUAACCACAUCAAGGUCAGAAAAUCUACAGAGAAAUUCCAAUUUCUCUUGGUGGAAUCAUCAAAACAAGGACCGGUUUGCUUCAGCAUCGGGCAUUCUAAAGUAUUCGUACAAAGAACUUCAAAAAGCCACACAAAAUUUCACAACUACCUUGGGAGAAGGAUCAUUUGGCACAGUUUAUAAAGCAACAAUGCCUACAGGAGAGGUGAUAGCUGUGAAGGUGCUAGCACACAAUUCCAAACAAGGGGAGAGAGAAUUCCAAACAGAGGUGUCUCUGCUAGGAAGACUACAUCACCGGAAUCUCGUGAAUCUGCUUGGAUAUUGUGUAGAUAAAGGACAGCAUAUACUGGUUUAUCAGUUCAUGAGCAAUGGAAGUUUAGCAAGUAUUUUAUAUGGUGAAGAACAAAAGUUAAGUUGGGAUGAAAGGAUGCAAAUUGCUCUUGAUAUUUCGCAUGGAAUAGAGUAUCUUCAUGAAGGAGCAGUCCCACCGGUCAUACAUCGUGAUUUGAAGUCUCCCAACAUAUUGCUAGAUGACACAAUGAGAGCGAAGGUUGCUGAUUUUGGCCUCUCAAAGGAAGAGAUCUUCGAUGGCCGAAAUUCCGGUCUUAAAGGUACAUAUGGUUACAUGGACCCGGCAUACAUUUCCACAAACAAGUUAACAACCAAGAGUGACAUAUACAGUUUUGGUAUCAUACUUUUUGAGCUAAUCACAGCCAUCAAUCCUCAUCAAAAUUUGUUGGAAUAUGUUAACCUUGCUGCAAUGGAACAUGAUGGUAUAGAUGAGAUACUUGACAAGCAACUUGUUGGAAAAUGCAAUGUUGUAGAAGUGAGGCAACUUGCUAAAAUUGCACACAAAUGCUUACACAAAUCACCAAAGAAAAGACCCUCUAUAAGUGAAGUUUCACAAAGCAUAUCAAGAAUAAAGCAAAGGAGAUUGCGCCAUGUUAUGGAAGAUAACUUGUCAUUUGCAAAUAGUAAUAACUUUUCAAGAACUUCGAGCCGAUUAGACGAUCGACAAGUUGAAUUAAGUAGGAUAGUAACCAUGACCAUCAAAGAAACUGUAUGA